AUGUAUUCUUAUUUAAUUGUUCGAAAGAACAAUGAUGCGAAGUAUGCCUUACAGAAGAGGAAAAAAGCAGAUAUUGAGAAGAAAGAUGUGAAUAUGAAAACUCAUGUUGAGCCAAGCAUAAGAAUCAAUGUAGAUCCGAUACCAUUAGACGCUGAAGAUGCUGAGGAAAUGAAUUCGGAUGACGGGUCAAUCGAAACCAGUUCUGAAAUGGAAUGGCAAAAACGAUUGCAGAAGGUGGAAGAAGAGUUGCAGCAGGCAAAUGAUAACAAAUUCAAUAAUGAAUCAUCUAUGUCAGGGCAAAUCUCAGUCGUUAAUUCCGCAUUAACUGCAAAUCCAUUGAAGGAAUCAAAAAACCAAAAUCAAAGUCAUUCGUUGCACGUCAACGAUGAAACACCUCAAAAAAUUGAACGCAUCGAAUUAGUGGGCCAUCCACUUGAACAUGUUGAAAAACCGAAGGCGGAAUGCAGGAAAAGAAAAAUCAAUAAAACUGACAAUAAACAGAGUCAAAUGAACGUGAACAAAGUGAAUAAGCAACGUUGGGCAAUAAAAUCAGGCAUCAAACAUCCAUCGAAAGGAAUCGAUACGAAAUCGCUGAAAACAGCUCGUGAAGCAGCUCCUUGUCAGCUCGUGAGCUCACUUAAUAAGAACUUGACCAAGGAUCAAGCAAAAAAGAGCAGUGAUAAGCAUUCAAGCCAAUUUGAAAAUGUCGUUCCAUUAGAACAAUUGCCUCAAACAGAAACUUUGAGGGUGCAAACCACGAACUGCACUAAUUCAGGCAUAACCCUCCAUCAUCUAAGUGAACACCAACAGCAUCCCAUUAAUGAAUCAAAACGGUCUCUACGAACCGAUAAAACGUUGGACAGCAUCGAAAGUGAAGACGAUUUUACCAGAAGCACUUCAAAUUUAGAAACAUCCGAGUCCGCAUCAUACAGUCAAAUAUUCAAUACAGUAAUAACUGAUGAUCCAAUGCAAACAAACGAAAUCAAUAACGAAAUACCAAAUUCGUCAUCAAUCAUUUUACCGAAAAGUUCCUCUGAAAAAAUUGCAACAAUCCAAUCAAAAUCCUCAUCACAGCGUAAAGUAAGCAAAGAGUUGGGAAUAAGGGUGAAGAGUGCUGAGGAUGGUGCCACAACGAGUGAAGAAAACAGCAUAACAAGAGUGUCUUGUAAGAAGAUUGCUGAUGAGAAUACGUCGUCUUCAAAUGAUUAUCACAAUCAAACCUGA